AUGGGGAUUAUCGAGUCCACGGUGAAGUAUGACCACAAGCUUGAGGCCCAAGGAGAGAUCGCUUGUCAGACCCUCAGCUUCAUCUUCAUGUGGCUGGCGGAUGUGCUGAAUCAUCCUUUGCGAGACACGCAGGCAUUUAAGGGGUGCGAAGCAGCGUGGCCCUUUGACGUUUCUGUGCUGCCUGAAGGUGCAUCGAGGGUACUCUAUGGUUCCUACCUGCCACAACUCGACCCCUCCCUUCUGGACUUCAGCACGGAUGGUGUAGUCUUUGCCUUCUUGUGGGAGAGCGAUGAUGCUGUUUGUUAUGCAGUCGCUGGAUCGGAUGGAGCAGAGAACAAACUGCGAAUGUCCUACAUGACGCUUGCAAAACGAUACUGCGCUGAGCUGCUUGCUCAGAUUGAAGUCUGCGAAUGCCUCAGCAUCAAUACUUUGAAUGCGUUCACGAAGGAAAGUCUUGUCCUUCGAAGAGUUUAUGCAUGGAGUAUCCCAUGUGAAGCUGCGCUGCAGAAAAUCUCCUCAUAUUCUCCAUUGAUUGAGAUCGGCUGUGGCACGGGGUAUUGGGCAGACAUCUUGACAAAACGGGGUUGUGACAUCCUGGCGUUCAACAGCGAAGAGUGGUCGGAAGAGCUAAGUUCAGAAGAAGGUGAUAUGGGACAAUGUGGUUUGCAUCCGAGCGAGUGUUUUGGUGAGGUCUUGCUGGGUGGUGCUGAGAAGGUCAAAGAGCAUCCAGACAGGACCCUCCUCCUCAUGUGGCCUGACUUCCUCGGGAAGGGAUCGUUCGGUUUGAAGUCUCUGGACGAGUACGAAGGAGAGUUUCUCAUCCUUGUGGGAGAAUGGAAAGGAAGGACUUGGGGCGGGUACACCCCGGAGCUAGGCGAUCACGGCCAGAGCUUCUCGCAAGAGUUCCAGGAGGCCGUUACUUCCUCCUUCGAGGAGGUCGAGGUGAUUAGGCUGCCCUGCUGGCCUCUCUUCCUCGACACUGUCAUGGUCUUUCGACGAAAGUCUUUGCAGUCAUUGAUGGAGCAGAAUGGAGCUGCUCAGUGUGAGCCGAAUGAUAUGCUGGCUGCGUUCUUUGCCGGCUCCUUCGAUCCAUUUGCUGGGUUGGACCUUGAAGGCGACCAGAUCGAUGUAGAUUGA